AUGGGAGAUACUGGGACCUAUGUCCCGAAUUUUGAUGGGGAGAAUAGAGUUGACCCCAGCGUUGUUGCCAACUUACCUAAAGGAUGUCGUGUUGUAUCCACAGAGAGUCAUGGAAUCAGCUUUUGGGGCCACACUGGCCGCAUAAAUGUCGAAUUAGAGGACGGAACUCCGUUCUCAUUCUUCAUGAAGGUUGUGUCUAACGAACGCGGCAAGAACAUGGUUCAUGGGGAAUACGAGUCAAUGAAGGCGAUACACACUCUUCUGCCGGACUUCGCACCAAAGCCAAUCGCAUGGGGAACUUACCAGGACGUUCCAGACAUGCAUUAUCUUCUAUGUGACUAUCGAGAGAUGACAGAUGACAUGCCAGAUCCACAUAAAUUUGCUGCGCGCCUUGCGACUCUGCAUGAAAGCAGUAAGUCGCCGACGGGAAAGUUUGGCUUCCACAUGACUACAUACAGCGGCAAUCUACCUCAGAUGACCGAGUGGGAAGACAGCUGGGAGACUUUCUUCGCAAAAAGUUUGAAGAAAGCCCUUGAUCUGGAGAUAAAGGCAAAAGGACCAGACCCAGAACUAGAUCAUCUGCUCCCGCUCCUCUUUGACAAAGUUAUACCUCAUCUGCUGCGUCCGCUUGAGUCAGAUGGCCGGUCUGUAAAGCCCUCGCUUGUUCACGGAGAUUUGUGGUAUGCAAACUCAGGGAUUGACGUGGAGACGGGCGACUCUCUUGUGUUUGAUGCCUGCUCCUUCUACGCGCAUAAUGAAUAUGAGUUUGGCCAGUGGCGGCCUAUCUGUAACCGAUUUGGCGACGAAUACCUGGCAGCGUAUCACUCAUAUGUCCAGGUAUCGGCACCUGAAGAAGAUUAUGAUGGCCGGCUGGAUCUUUACAAGUUGAGAUUCAACACUCAUGUCUCUGCCUUAUUCACAGAGAAUCACACACUUAGAGAGCAUAUCGCCACGUCACUCGGCACCCUCCAUGACAUGGCAAUGUUCAUUAUCGCUGUGAAUAUGGACACGCCGAAACCACGACCGUUCAAGUAA